AGGGUGUGUGUGUGUGUGUGUGCAGGAUGAACCCUGCCGCUCAGCCGCUCCCGGUGCAGGAUGUUCAGGGUGAUGCGCGCUGGAUCUCACAGCAUGAUCGCUUUGUGCAGGAGUGUAAGGACGCAGAACCAGACGUGCUGUUUAUCGGAGACUCCAUGAUUCAGCUGAUGCAGCAACACGAGGUCUGGAAGGAUCUGUUCUCUCCGCUGCAUGCGCUCAACUUCGGUCUGGCCGGAGACACGACCUGCAACGUUCUCUGGAGGAUCCAGAACGGCGAGCUGCAGAACAUCCAGCCGAAGGUGGUGGUUCUGUGGGUCGGCACCAAUAAUCACCAGCACACAGCAGAGCAGGUGUCAGGAGGAGUGACGGCCAUCACACAGAUCCUCAUCUCACAGCUCCCUCGAGCCAAGAUCAUCGUGCUGGGUCUUCUUCCUCGUGGAGAGCAUCAGAACCCGAUGCGUGAGAAGAAUGCGGCGGUGAAUGAGUUAUUGCGCUCGUCUGUACUGCGGCUCGGCCAAGCUCAGUUUCUGGACGUCAGCGCUGAGUUCGUCCAAUCAGACGGAAGUAUCUCAAAACAUGACAUGUUUGACUUCCUGCAUCUGACAGCGGCUGGAUAUCAAACCCUCAGCAAACCUCUCCACGACCUUCUGCUGCAGACACUGGAGGAAACCACAGCUGCUAAAUAGACUUCUGUCAGCGCACCGCACACAUACACAGUCUUAUAUGUACAGAGUUUGUGUUCAUACAGCUUCUCCACAAAAUCAAGCGUCGUUUGAGUCAUGAUUGUUGAUUUGUUUGAUCAUGAUUGGCAUGAUUGUUUUACACAUAAUGUUGCCAAAGCACCCAUACAGAUAUGUUCUCUUCCUCCAAAUGUUCUUACUGUAACCCGUGUAAACAUACACAUAUCAUUGUCUGUUAAAAACUCUCUAUCAUAAUAAAAUAUUAAAUAAAAGCUUUUAAAUGUGUGAACUGUAUAGGCAGUUAUGAAAUCACUGCUUUUAUCGAUGAAUUGUAUAUUUAGUGUAGUGCCGUCAAAUGAUUAAUCG